AUGGAUCCCGAAGUUAUUAUUAAGCUUCGAUGCCCUGGAAUAGUGUCCUGUGCCGACAUCAUCGCCUUUGCAGCUCGUGACAGCUCCUGCAAACUUGGGAAUAUAAACUACGAUGUCCCAUCUGGCCGUCGUGAUGGGAAUGUGUCCUUGAUAAACGAGCCCCUCCUGAAUUUGCCUGCCCCAUUCUUCAAUGCCACCACUCUGAGGGACAAUUUUGCAAGAAAGGGACUCUCCCUUGACGAAAUGGUGACUCUUUCAGGCGCUCAUUCCAUCGGCAUUUCUCACUGCAGUUCCUUUGCUAGUCGGCUCUAUCCAACACAAGAUCCCACCCUGGACCCUAGUUAUGCUGCUUUCUUGAAAACAAUCUGCCCUCCACCAGUUGCCAAUGCGACUGCAGCUCCGACAGUAGACCCCACAGUGAAUCUUGAUUCCAUCACCCCUACUCGUCUGGACAGCAAGUACUACGUUGGAUUGAAGGCGAAUAGGGGGCUACUGACGUCGGAUCAGGUUCUGCUGAGCAGCCCCAUGACGGCGAAAAAGGUGGUGUACAAUGCAAAGUAUGGGAAUGUGUGGGCUAAGAAGUUUGCGGCUGCAAUGGUGCGUAUGGGAAACAUUGAGGUUCUCACCGGGAAACAGGGGGAGAUCAGGAGAAACUGCCGUGUUGUCAACUGAUUGACUCCGGGUUUUGGCGCAGUAUCUGUAUAACAAGAUUGCUUCAGCAACGUCUUUUGUUUUAAUUCUUUUUCUAACUAUAUUUUCUGUCUUCCAUUGGUGUGGUUAAUUUGAUUCAAUAUAUGUUUUUCAUAUCUUUGUUUCUCGAUUCCAAGUGGAGAUGUAUCUGAAAAGUUCAUGGGAAAAAGAUAAUUUUUGGUUGUAUCA